AUGAGGACUCGUAGUGUCGUUCUUUGCAAGGCAGGCAGGUUCUAUGUGAGCCUGCUGUUGAGCCAGGUUCAGGCCCUGCAUUUCACUCCCUGGCUGAAUGAGUCCGCAGUGGGCUUCAACACCCUGGUGCAGGGCACCUGGGGCCCAGGGGAGAGCGGCGCAGGCAUUCCCUUCCCGUCCAGGCGGUCCUUCGGCAGCGGCGGGCUCCUCACCACCACGGAAGGGUUCCCGGAGGCGGUCCGGCAAUCCGAGGUGCCACCCCUUCCGCUACCGAAUCCGCCCGCCCGCACAUGCCUCCUGGAGGUGGACGGGAAGCUGCAGCUGGGUGAAGGUCUUCUGAGCCAGCCCCGGAGGGCACACCGGGAUGCUGAGUGGCAAAUACAGUUUCAGCCCACAAACAAAUAA